UCUCCAAGUAUGCUGUCCCAGACAACUAGCUAUAGAUUAUGCUGGGGCUCCCGCCAUAGUUAAAGGGGUGGAGGGAGAGGUUGUUGGUUCAGUCGUGGCUGAGUUGUUUUUACCUAGAACAGAAGAAAUGGAAAGUGGAAAGGAUCGUGGAAAUGGGAAAAAGAAGAGCAUAAUAUUGCUGGGACCAUGGGGUGGAAAUGGUGGGACCAGCUGGGACGAUGGGGUGAGAGAAAUCACGCUUGUUUAUGACCGUUGCAUCGACUCAAUCCGUGUGGUCUAUGAUAAGAAUGGGAAGCCCGUCACAGCGGAAAAGCAUGGAGGAAUUGGAGGCAAUCAAACGGCUGAGAUUAAGCUGCAGUGCCCAGAGGAGUUCCUAACGAGUGUGAGUGGCCACUAUUGUCCAGUGGUGCAUGGCGGCGGCCCGGUGAUCCGAUCACUCACACUCAAGAGCAACAGAAGAACAUUUGGGCCUUACGGAGUCGAAGAAGGGACGCCGUUCACAUUUUCAAUGGACGGAGGAAUAAUCGUGGGCCUCAACGGAAGAAGCGGUUGGCACCUGGACGCAAUCGGAUUCCGUUUAUCCCGUGUCCAAACAACAAAACUCUUUCAAAGGUUUCAAAAGGGUCUUAAAAAGCUCACAAGCACUGUUUCAAAACCUUAUGCCUCCGUGGACGGUGAAAAUAAAGCUAACACCUAAUUAAAGUGCCGGCAAUGCUAGCUCAUGCUUAAAAUAAAUAAAUUAUAAUAUAAUUCUAUCUUGUACACUAGCUACUUAAUGUGUUUUAUUAUAUCAACUACUUUUAUUUGUAUUAAAAUGAAUGGAUAUAAUUGUUAUAAUAUAAUUUAAAUGAUUAAAUCAAUCAUAUUUUUGCAUUUUGCGAUGUUUUCCUGUUUUAA